AAUCUCCUCCAACCCCGGCGGGCUACUGAUGCUGAGGGACUAGGACGAAGGUUUGGGUCACUAAAUGUGCCAAGCAAAAUGAAAACAGAAGAAACCUCCAUGUGUUUGAAGCACACUGCACCUACUUUGGAUUCUGGCUCGGAGAAGAAACCAGGGCAGACUUGUGCGGGCUGCAACAUUACCAUCACCGACCGCUUCCUCCUGCGAACCAACGAAGCAUCCUGGCACGAGGGAUGUUUGAAAUGCACAGUAUGUCUGCGGCCACUCACCGGUACCUGCUACUGGCGCAACAAGAUGCUGUACUGCAAACACGACUAUGAAAAACUCUUCGUCACCAAGUGCGGAGGCUGCGGCAGGGCGAUCGGCCGCUCCGAGCUCGUCCUGCGGGCGCUGGGCAGCGUCUACCACGUGGACUGCUUCCUCUGCUGCGAGUGCGAGCGGCCCCUACGGCGGGGCGACGAGUUCGUGCUGAAGGAGGGGCAACUGCUGUGCCGCGGCGACUUUGAGAAAGAACGGGAAGUGCUGAGUGGAAUCAGUCCCGGCCACACUGACCCAGUGAGAAGUGGAGACGAGGAUGACAGACGACUCAGCCAGAGCCUCGACAAAGACAAUGGUGAAAGCAGAGUGCACCUAAGGCCCAAACGCCCGCGGACCAUCCUCACCACCCAGCAGCGACGGGCCUUCAAGGCUUCCUUUGAGGUGUCAUCCAAACCCUGUAGGAAGGUCAGGGAGACCCUCGCUGCAGAAACCGGCCUCACAGUGCGGGUUGUACAAGUCUGGUUUCAGAACCAAAGAGCCAAGAUGAAGAAACUUGCUCGAAGGCAGCAGCAGGAACAAGAGCGUCUGAACAGCCAGCACUUUGGCUCGCUAUGCCGCUCGAAUCGAAGGGAAAGGCACAACAGCCUGGACAGUGAAGGUGUGGCGCGUGCCCCAGGGAUGAAAAGGAUGAUGGCUUCCUAUCCCUCUCUGCAGCACCAACAGCUGAGACCAAUCAAUGAGAGCAGCUACACCGUGGACUGCUUCAGCCGGGAUCUCACCCCAUCACCAGAUUCGGAGACAGUUUUUCAUAGCAUGGAUCGUGAUGGUUCACACAGUCUCCUGGUCUCAUCCGAAUCCAGCCGCCUACCUGCAAGAGUGGGAAACCCCAUCGACCGGCUGUAUUCCAUGCAGAAUUCCUACUUCACUUCUUGAUUGGCUGCAAU